AUGGAUUCUUUGGCACGAAUAUUCGUGCCGUUUUUUGCCUUUAAUUUAAUGAGUGAUAGUUUUCACUUACGUCUUGAAGAAAUAUCAUUAGAUGGACAUGGACGGAUAAGAAUGAGUCACUUUCUCAUCAUUGUGGAAACCACAAAUGUUUUCCAACGAACGAGUUCUAGCUCUCAAGCAAAAAAAACAACCCAUGUAUAUUGUUUAGCUAGGCGAAUUAGGUUAUUAACUUCUAGACUAAAUAAGCACAAAUUAAAAUCGAACAAUCAAAUGAGUAUCCAUCUAACAUAUGAAAUAUGUGACGGCGAUCCUUCUCUGAACCAGAUAUAUCAUAAAAAACUUUCUGCAAGUCUGCAGAAAGCUAUAAUUGGAAAAAUUAAACCUUUCAAAGAUGUUCUUUUUAGAAGGCAGUUAUCCAUGAACAGAAUCCAAAACAUCUCAUUAAAUUUUGAAUUAAGUCGCUUAGCCAAUAAUUAA